CAUUUUAAACUGUGGGGAUACUGUGGGGAUACUGCUGUGGGCAGAACCCCAAGGUAAGGGCACCAGGGUCUGGGAGGGACACAGGGCCUGAGGCAGGAGAGACAUCAGCCAGCAGGGGGCACUCUGAGGCUGAGGAGCUAAUUUCCAAGGCAACCAGCAGGAGGUGCUGUGGUGAGAGCUCUUCUGGAGAAGAAGCAGAGGAAGAAACGUCUUGAGCCCUUGAUGGUACAGCCAAAUCCAGAAGCAAAGCUGCGUAGAUCAAAGCCCAAAGGGUGUGAGGAGCAGACUCCCUUAGUUGAGACCCACACCCCUUUUCACAGCGAUGUUAUCCUGCAUGGCAUUGAUGGCCCAGCUGCCUUCCUGAAGCCAGAAGUCCAAGACUUAGGGACCAAACUCCAAAUCCUCUCUGUAGGAUCUUCCACAACAGAAGACGAUGCAGAUCAAGACAAUGAUGAAGAUACCCUGAUAGAUACAGCUGCCAAGCCGGAUCUGCAAGAAAUCCUGCAGAAACGAGGGAUCUCAGGCAGUUUGAAUUUCGAUGAGGACACCGAAGAGGAGGAAGAAGCUGGAAAGAGGUCAAGAUCUCAUUCACCAUAUUCUGAAUCUGAGAGGCCUAGUUCCGCAACCAGCCAGAAAUCUGCUACAGACACAGGUGCUUCCUGCACUGCAUCCCCAGAGACAGAUGCGCAGCUGGGAGAAGUGGAGAACUUGGAGGAGUUUGCAUUACGCCCUGCUCCCCGUGGCAUUACAGUGAAGUGUCGAAUCACUAGAGAUAAGAAAGGAAUGGACCGAGGCCUCUUCCCCACCUACUAUAUGCACCUGGAAAGGGAUGAUAACAGAAAGACGUUUCUUCUUGCAGGGAGAAAACGGAAAAAGAGCAAAACAUCCAAUUAUCUCAUUUCAAUUGACCCAACAGAUUUAUCCCGGGAAGGGGAAAGUUUCAUUGGAAAACUCAGGUCCAACCUUAUGGGAACAAAAUUUACUGUCUAUGAUCAUGGAGUUAGCCCAGGCAAGGCACAAGGGCUAGUAGAAAAGGCCCAUACCCGACAGGAGCUUGCAGCCAUUUGUUACGAAACCAAUGUCCUGGGAUUCAAGGGCCCCAGGAAGAUGUCCGUGAUCAUUCCAGGGAUGAACAUGAACCACAAGCGGAUUCCAAUCAGACCACGAAAUGAACAUGAGAGUUUGCUAUCAAAAUGGCAAAAUAAAAACCUGGAAAACCUGAUUGAGCUGCACAACAAGGCUCCAGUCUGGAAUGAUGACACUCAGUCGUACGUCUUGAAUUUCCAUGGGAGAGUCACUCAGGCCUCGGUGAAGAACUUCCAGAUUGUCCAUGAGAAUGACCCUGACUACAUUGUGAUGCAGUUUGGUCGUGUAGCAGAAGACGUGUUCACUCUGGACUAUAAUUACCCACUGUGUGCCCUCCAGGCCUUUGCCAUUGGACUCUCCAGCUUUGACAGCAAAUUGGCAUGUGAAUGAUGGAGACAGCGGACUUGGACGUGGAACUUGCUCCCAUCCCUGCACCUUGUAGAUGAGUUCUGGGUGGAAUCAUGAGAAGUAUCCUGGGGACAGAAGGGGAACUGGAGGCCAGAUAUCUGUGGGCUUAACAAGAAGCAAAUAGUAGAUUUGGGGGCUUUACAGUAGCUGAUAGAGACCAUGGCCCUUUUUGGAAGGGAGAUCUCUGCAUGUGCCCUGGGCGAAGGCAAGGAUAAUGUGUGAUGUCUUUGUUAUCAGUAUUAAUGCUGCAUUGCGACUCUUGAUCGGAGAUGGUGUGAGAGAGCUAAUCCUGCUCCUUAGCAGCUAAGCAUCACUGUGACUAGGAAUUCCUGCAGUGGGGAUCAGAUUAAUAGUGCUUUAGCCCAGGCACCUUGGAUCUCACAACACCCCUGUGCUCAUGCAGCGUAUAUUAAGAUUCGUUUAGAGAAGGAAGAACAGGUACAGUCUGUGCCGUCUCUUACCCCGCAGAGUAACUCUUCUGUCUAAGGCAAAGUUCAGAGAAAGAAGAGAGGGUACAAGCCUGAUGUCCCUGUUCAACUGUAAGCCCUGUUCAAUGAACAAAGACUAGGAACAAGCCCCAUGCCUCUAUAGCCACCCUUUUACUCUGCAGGAUAAUUCUCUUUCAAGGCUGAUGGAUCCCAGUUCCUGUUAAUUGUUCUGCUGCUCAUUAUCCUGUGACAACCCUUUUACCAAAUAAGAUCCCCCAUCAUUAGGGAUAUGAGAAAAACUCCUAUGGUCACUUCUAAGUAAGCAAUAUUUACAUUAUGACCAUCACUGUUUCUUUUAUUCCUAACAGUUCUAAAAGUGAAAUUGAAUGGAUCAUUGGACCUGACAGAAACUGGCUGAGAAAGGCAUGCCAUUGACUAUUCCUGAAAUGCAGUAUUCUGAUUGCCUUAAAUACUAGAUUCUUUAGGUCAGUCAAUCAGAAACAUUUUUUUUUUAAUUUCUUUUAGGAAUAAAGUUUGCUGCAUUUUAGGAAUAAACUGAUGUUUGAAGCUUUUCUUUGUGUUAUUUAACUUUUUUCUUACCAAAUAAGAGCCUCUUCUGCAGCAGUCUGAAUGGCUGAUUCCAAUUGCAUGUGGUAUAAUAACCAUAGAUAUCGCAAAUCAUGACCAGUUCAGUCAUCUUUAUAUAAUCAUUUAAUCUGAAUAUGAGAUUAUCCAAAAAUAAGAUUAUAGACAUUUUCCAAGGCACAAGGAAAGAAGAAUAUUGCAACAAGAGUAGGCAAAGUACUGCUCAUCGGGCUCCAUAAUGUGUCCUGUAGCAGCCCUCCUCUUUAAUUCUGGGUUCCAGUCAGUGGAGACCACAAGUCCCAGCAUGCAAUCCUCCUUGAUCCACCAGCCUCAACUUGCAUCAAAUUGGAGCACUGCAUAUUGAGACCUAUAGGUUACAUGGGCUGCACAUCUGCUGUAUAUUAAAAAAGAGGACAGCUACCAUCCUGUCCAUUUCAUGUUCUUUAUGUACAGCUGUCAGGAUCUUUCCUUUCACAUUCAUUAUGUACAGUUAAUUGCUCAUUUGUCCCUCCAUUAAGCAUGUACUGAUCUGUUUUUAAAGGUCAUUGGCAGCCCACAAGUCCUAACUGGAUGCCCCCAGCAACCAGACUUUCAUCAUUGUGCCACGGUCUUUGCAUUAUAUGUCACAUAAGUCUCUCUAUUGGUGGGUAUUAUUUUGCUGUUUAAUUUUCCAAAACAUCAAACUUUGUGUAGACAUUUUCUGAUGCCAGAAAAAACGCUUCAAUCAUAGUCACGUAAUCUCUGUAUUUAAUUGUAAAUGGUGAAUUGUGGCUGAUAGCUCUAGUUCUAAAAAACGCUUAUCUCACAAGUUCCCAAGCUACACUGGCUGAGGUGCCCUUGCAUUCAGAGCAAUCUCAUCAGCAUAGCACUCAGCAAAGAGUUUGUGCCAGGUACCUCUUUUGUGCCUUCAUGUACUUCCCGCUUGUCAAUGUGGGGACAGGAUUCGAUGGCCUCUCCCACUUGUGUUCUCUUGUGCUCCCAACUGACUGCUCUGCACUUCCUGUAUCUACCAAGAAACCAGUUCCUAAUGCCUGUCACAAUUACUUUGUAACUAGGACCAGAUGUAGAAAAGUAGUUUGUUUCCUUGGUGUUACUUGUAGGCAGUGCAUUACUUGCUAGUCCAGAAAAAGUUUUCUUGUGCUUAGCAAGCCGCCCUGCAACUCCCUGGUUCAUCUCUCCAACUGGGCCAGUCAGCAAGGGCAAUCUCAAACUAUUCAAGGUGGUAGACCCAUGGGUGAGCUUAAUUGAUCAUGGCUAAGUCAGUGCCUGUGAUUCUUAGGUUUCCUCAUCAAGAUGCACAGACAGAUGACCGAAUUUCUUGUCUCUUCUGAGGUGCUUUCUAUACUAUGGGCAUGUGACCCUUCACUUACCUUCUAGUAUUGAAACUCUUCCUUCUGUCUCCAUUUUUGAGGUUGUUUUUUUUAAAGGGAUUGUACACAAUGACCUUGUCCACACUAGCAUUAAAGUGUGUUAACCACAACUGUGUUAAAACACAGGUUAUUGCUAGCAAGUCCUAGCAUGGUUUCUCUGAUAACAUCCAGCAGGGAAUUUUUCUAAAAAGGGUGAUACUGAUGUGCUAAGAAACAGUCCUAUCAGCUGUAUGUGGGGUCAGACUAAAAGCCUGAUUUUCAGACAAAAAUCCCAGUGCACACUGCUCAGGGAAAUGGUACGCUCUGUCACAGUAAAAUGUGAUUCUGGAUAUCUUGGUGUCAACCCCAAUGUGGACAGAAGCAUGGGUCUGUUUUGUGUUGCUGUUUGAACAGGCAAUAGCAAUGCAGGAGGUAGGCAUUUACCUCUUCUCAGAUGCUCUCAGACAUAUUUUAUAUAUUGGAGGCUUCAGUACUCUGCCGUACUCUCCGUUCUUUUUGUGUUCUUCACCCACUCUGUUGCUGCUGUGUGCCAAAGGUCCACCUAGAUGACUGAGAGGCUGGCUUUGUGUGCUUCCUGUUGCUUCCAAGCUUUUUUUGCUCUGCAGAAACGUCCAGUGCUUUUUGGUCAAAUAUUGUUCUACAUGAAUUGUAUUUAUAACUUUUGUACUCUAAUGAAAAUAAAAUAAUUUAUAAAAAACAAAACAAACAACAAAACCCUACACUCUGAAUUGUUCUUAUCUUGUCCUGUAGGGUUUUUGCUGCAUAUGGUGUUUGCUGUCGGCUCUGAUAUCUCUAUCUCUCCUGCUUUGGCUACCCCUCUUUCUCCGUCUCC